UACCUGGAGAAGGUGCGGCAGCUUGAGCGGGACAAUGCGGAGCUGGAGACCAAGAUCCGAGAGUUUAGCCAAUGCCAGGAGCCUCUUGUGUGUCCCGAUUACCAGUCCUACUUCCGGACCAUUGAGGAGCUCCAGCAGAAGAUCCUGUGCACCAAGUCUGAAAAUGUCAGGCUGGUGACCCAAAUUGACAAUGCCAAGCUGGCUGCUGACGACUUCAGAAUCAAGUUUGAGAGCGAGCACGCCUUGCGUCAGCUGGUGGAGGCCGACAUGUGCGGGAUGCACAAGCUCCUGGACGACAUGACUCUGGCCAAGUCUGACCUGGAAGCCAUGUCCUGCUCUGAGGAGCUGCAGUGCUGCCAGUCGGAGAUCCUGGAGCUGAGAUGCACAGUGAACGCCCUGGAGGUUGAGCGCCAAGCCCUGCACACGCUGAAAGACUGUCUGCAGAACUCCCUGUGCGAAUCCGAGGCCCGCUUCGGCACGGAGCUGGCCCAGAUGCAGAGCCUGAUUAGCAAUGUGGAGGAACAGCUGUCUGAGAUCAGGGCCGACCUGGAGCGUCAGAACCAGGAGUACCAGGUGCUGCUGGAUGUCAAGACCCGGCUGGAGGGGGAGAUCAACACAUACCGGAACCUCCUGGAGAGCGAAGACUGCAAGCUUCCUUGCAAUCCCUGUGCCACCCCUGCCUCCUGUGGGACAUCUGCCUGUGCCUCUCGUCCGAGCUGUGCCCCCCGCACCUCUUGUGGGUCUGGCUCAGUCUGUGGAGCCGGAGCUGGGACCCGAUUCUGA